CCCCAGCACCACCACCACCUCGUCCUCUCGUCUGUGCACUACACUUGCGCAAAUGCCUUUUGACUCGAAAACAACCGGGCCUAGCUCGAUGCCGGCUUCGGGAUCUGGGACCAUAGGCUACUAUAGGUUUACAGACAUAUUCUUUGAAUGGCAUCAAGCGCUCCCGAAGCAGGAAGACGUGGGCCCUCUCAAGGCGCUGAUCGCGUACAGCGCUCUGGUACAUCCUGAUCACCCUCUCCGGAAGCCUGGCGUGAAUGGAAUUGAACUCUACCUUGGAACGUUCGAGAGCAAUGAAAUGCGUCUUCUCUUUUCCUCGGCCCAAAUCGAAUACAUGCGCUACUGGCUGCAUGCGUGCGGACUGACCAGGGACCCAAUUCCGAUCCCAUCGUCCGAGUACCUCAUCAAGCCCGGCGACCUCCGCAACUGCUCGCCCGAUGUCUACUCUGACGCGGCCGUCCUCAAACGUGCAAUCAAAGUACGUCGUCGUCGUAGCCGUCCCCGAAAUCGUCGUUCCCGCGGAAGGCGCCGUGGCCGUCGCGGCGGCCUCGAUGACCAUCCCCUGCUCGCGUACAUGCUCUGCGUUUGCGUGUGUGCCGGUGAGUGCAAUUGUGCUGACUGUACCGCGGGCGGUGCACAGAACAUCGAGAAGAACAACAAGCGGCUCAAGGGCACGGGCACUCUCCUCGGCGCAAGGAGGCAAGUGUUCGAGCGCGUCCGGACGCUUUGGGCGGCCAAGCUCGGAACGUGGCUAGCCAUGGACUUUGAAGCUUGGGACAGAGAGCAUACGCUCCUCAAAGAAUUUGGGUGGAGCCUUGUGCAGUGGACGGGCGAUGAACAGAAGAAGGAGCAUGGUCAUCUCGUCGUCAUAGAACGUCGCCACUUCUCUCAAACUUAUGUGCCAAACCAUCAAGACAAUUACAACUUCGGGAAGAGCAUCGACGUGGACAAGGAUAAGUUCAAAGAGCACAUAUGCGAGCUCAUCGAGAAGCACCGCAAGGCGGGGCCCCUCUUCAUUGUGUUCCACGACGCCAGCCAGGACGUCAAGUAUCUCAAAAGCGACGGGCUUAAGGCCAUUGAACGUAUCGAACAUGUCCUCCCCGACAACCCGGCAACAGGCGAGAUCUAUGUAGUCGACACUGUCGAUCUCUUCGCAGCACUGGAAGGGGACUCGUCCAACCAAUCCCGCGCACUGGACCGUGUCUGUAGGCACCUCCAGAUCCCGACGAGCUAUUUGCACAACGCCGGCAAUGAUGCAUACUACACGCUGGAGGCAAUGAUGUCUAUGGCAUCGGGCGACCCCUUGGACGAGCAGCGCGAGAAGCGUUGGCCGAACCGCACGGUGGACAGCAAGCCCAAGGUCGAGUUCGCCGACUGGGAGGAGGACUCGGACCUCUCAGACAUGGAAGGCAUUUUCGGCUUCCCGCCGAACAGCACUGCCAAGGUCGCUAAGGAGGAAGCUAUCAUCAAUGACGAGGUCUAAAUUGGAUGUUAUCUGUGUUUCGUCUAAGCAGUGCUCCGGGUAAUUCUGUACUAUAGUGUUGUCGUUGCAUGGUUGAACAUCUACGCCUUCAGCCUAGGUCCCAUUGCUAUCUUUGUAUUACCUGUCCUGGCAACAAAUCAAGACAUCGUUGGAUCUUGGAUUGUGAAAUUUAAGAUUGUAUGAUUGUAUGAGACGCGGAGCGAUCGGGAGAAAAUGCAACAACGCUCGACUUGCGAGCCUGAGUAAAGUAACAUGCGGUAGCAGUCUCGUUUUCCAGUAUCCCGUCGAGGUUCGUCUGUCUCACUCGUCUUUAUCGUUGUCGUCAUCAUCCGGCUCACCGUCGUCUUCGUCGUCUGACCGGACGUCCGAUAUUUCGAUGUCCCUGAUUGCACGGAUAGCGAUGCGCCACACCAGGAAGUACCAAAAGAGGUUGAGGAACUGUAGAAGUAGCAAUGGUAGGAACACCUGGUACUUCAUCCACCAUACCAACCAAACGCCGUCCUCCGGAGACCACCGCUUGGACGACUCAGGCAUGAGGUCGAACUCAAACCACACGGAGUAUAACAUGACCCAGUUGAGCCAGUGACGAAAGUAGCUCCAUACGCAGAGGAAGACUACAAAUGUCGCGACCUUGGUUCUGUUCCACUGGACGUAGUUCGCUAGUUUGGAUAAAGCAAGGAGCGAGUCGGGCAAGUCCAUGCUCAGGUAGACAGCAUUCCCGAUGAAAGUGAGGUUAACGAGAUAGCUCCAGCCAACAAGCCAGAGCGUGACGAAGUGGUGUGCCACGAGCUCGUAAUAGUCCUUGCGAGGCUUCUCGAGCCCUAGCAGCAUGACUAUGAGCUGUUGGCACCAGUACGCUGCUUGUACGAGAUAGUAUGCCUUUAGCUCGGCCUUCAUGUCCCAAUGGGGGUAGUCGAUCCAGAAGUAUUUCGUGUUGUACCACCACGUUGGGAGCUGGGACAUAAUUCGUAUUCCCCACGAAGACGUGAACGCGAAGUAGAGGACGGCAUAUCCCUGCUCUCCGAACCGGUCCAGCUUGGCCUCUUUUCUGAUUCCGAACCACUGCGCUAUUGGCCGGCAUAUGUAGAUGGUGAUAGCUUGGCGCACGAAAGACCAGACAACGAUGUAGUAUGCGAUGAAGGCCAGAUCGAGCCAGCCUUUGCGAUAGCGUGGGUCAUCGUCCGAGGUGAAAGGUAUGCGGUGUGAGAUGAAGAGGAAGGGCGCGAAGGGGUUCUUGAGGUCCUUGCCAAAGUAUGGCGAGAGUAUCUCCCAAUUUGCCCAUAAGACGACGAACAGCAGGAGUAUCUUAAGGGACGAGGUAGGAACGAUAACCCAUCUCAGGGACUUGAUGUCCGCCCAGAGACCGCGCGACUGCGUUGACCAGGGUGAAAGGACAGGAUGGCUGUUGGGCCAAGGGGCCCCGGGUGACGAUGGAGUAGAGUCUUGCCAGAGCGGUGUUUGCGGCCUGAACGGGCCUGCGAGGUGGUGGGAGGGAUCGUCGUCUAUCCGGUCGGUGAACGUCCGGAUAGGCGGUAGGGGUCUC